CGCCCCCAUUUCUCUCUCAUUGAUUCUAAUGAUGCAAGCCUCUCAUAAUCCUCACGUCUCCAUAAGCGCUUCGUCCCUAACCUCGGACUCCAAGCUUCAAAUUCAAAAACCAUAUCUCAUCACUUCUCUAACCUCAGACCCCAAGCUUCAAAUUCAAAAACCAUAUCUCAUCACUUGCAAAAUCCUCAUUAAUCCAUCCAAGAAAAUAUCUCCUCCUAAGCAGCUGCUGCUCUCGCCACCAUCCUUACACGAAACAUUGGUACCCCCAUUGCUUCAACCUCAGCCUGUUGAACCAUGCACACCCUUACCACCGCAUAAAACCAGCUACCCAAGUGACUUAAACCCAUUUCAAAAGCUUGCAGCCUCAGCUUUGGACAAAAUAGAGGCUUCACUUCUUGUACCGCUGGAGAGAAAAUAUCAACUGCCGAAAACCGUUGACCCAGUAGUUCAAAUAUCAGGUAAUUUCGCGCCGGUUCGGGAAUGUCCCGUACGUCAUGGCCUGGAGGUUGUAGGCCAGAUUACGGUCAGCUUACGUGGAGUUUACUUGCGAAACGGUGCUAAUCCUGUCUAUGCGCCCACAGGUGGACACCACUUGUUUGAUGGUGAUGGUAUGAUUCAUGCGGUUACAUUGGAAUCUGGAAACCGAGCCAGCUAUUGCUGCAGGUACACCCGGACAAGUCGGUUCGAGCAAGAAGCCGCAUUGGGUAGGAGCCUUUUUCCUAAGCCAAUAGGGGAGUUGCAUGGACACUUGGGCUUGGCUCGGCUGAUGAUGUUUAUGGCUCGAGCUGGUCUCGGCUUGAUUGACGGAUCACGAGGCGGUGGCGUGGCAAAUGCCGGGUUGGUUUAUUUCAAUGGUCGAUUAUUGGCCCUGUCCGAGGAUGACCUUCCUUACCAUGUAAAGAUCAAGGGUGAUGGUGAUCUCGAAACAAUCGAACGGUACAAUUUUCGUGAUCAACUUAAUUGUUCCAUGAUUGCACACCCUAAACUGGACCCCGUCACGGGUGGGUUGCAUGCACUAAGUUACAACGUAACAACGAAACCAUACUUAAAAUACUUCAAGUUUGACAGGCACGGGAAAAAGUCACGUGACCUGAGCAUUUCACUAGAUCAGCCAACAAUGAUCCACGAUUUCGCCAUUACACGAAAUUUUGUAGUAAUUCCUGAUCAUCAAGUGGUAUUCAAACUAUCCGAGAUGAUUCGAGGCGGCUCACCCGUAAUAUAUGACCGAAACAAGGCUACAAGAUUUGGAGUUUUGCCCAAAAAUGCCGACAAUGAAUCAAGGAUACUAUGGACUGAUGUGCCAAAUUGUUUUUGCUUUCAUUUGUGGAAUUCGUGGGAAGAAGUUGCCAGCAAUGGUGACAAAAUUAUCGUGGUUAUAGGGUCAUGCAUGAAUCCUCCAGACUCCAUCUUCAACGAAUCCCAAAUUCCAGUUCAAAGUGAAUUGUCCGAAAUACGGUUGAAUUUGAAUACCAGAGAGUCGACGCGGACGGCUGUAGUGUCGGGGAUGAAUUUGGAAGCAGGACAAGUAAAUCGUAAACUUCUGGGUGAGAAAACCCGAUUCGUUUACUUGGCAAUAGCGGAGCCAUGGCCAAAGUGUUGUGGUAUUGCUAAGGUUGAUCUGCAGAGUCGAGAAGUAACUAAAUUUAUGUACGGAGAAGGAAGGUUCGGCGGUGAGCCAUUUUUCGUGGCGAAAAACGAUGGAAUUGGGAAGGAAGAUGAAGGAUGUGUAAUGGGUUACGUGAGGGACGAGAUGAAAGAAAGGUCCGAGUUGGUAAUUAUAAAUGCAUCAACCAUGAAGCAAGUAGCUACUGUGAAGUUGCCCACAAGAGUGCCUUACGGAUUUCAUGGCACUUUCGUUAGUGAAGAUGAAUUAAGUGGGCAAGCUGAGUUUUAGGUUAGCUAUAGGGAGUUGGUAUGUGCUAUCUUUACAUAUUAUUCAGCAGAUUAAUAAGGGGUAGAUUGUAGUUUUGUAUAGGUUUAAGACUAGAUCGUGUACAUGGAUCUAUAAAUAUGGACAUGUAUGCUUGUUUUCAUUUUUGUGUAAAUAUGCUUAUUUAACUUAAAAUCGAUAUGAUAGCUAAUCUGCUGAUACGCAA